AUGUUGGCGCAAAGUUGUUGCCUUCAACUGCUGAUCCUCCUCCUGCUGCUAAAAACACCCGACAGCAUUCGGAAAAAAUCCCAAAAAUUCCACUGGAUUACGAAAAUGCGAGAGAGAAAAUUCAAAAUGUUCGGGACGAGGAAGACGGAGAUUCAUCCGCUGUUGAUCAGCACGUGGAACUAUACGGAUGCCAAUUUGCAGGCGUGGAGUGUUUUGAAGCAGGGACCUCGAAGGACUCGUCAGGCGGUCAUUCAGGGAUGCCUGGCCUGUCAGAACCAGCGAUGUGGCCGCCUUUUGGCCGGAAGAUAUGCUCCCGAUGCGGAGGGAACUUUGACCCUGGAAGCAGCCAUCAUGGAUGGCCAAACCUUACAAUAUGGCGGAGUUGCGGGACUAGAAGGAGUUCGUAAUGCAAUCCUCGUAGCAGAUGCGCUGAGAAGGUACACAAAACACUCCCUACUGGUGGGAAAAAGUGCAACAAGAUUCGCCAGAUCCAUGGGCUACAAGGAGGAUUAUCCUUGGGGUAAUCGCACCCAGGAUGUGAUGGAAAGGUGGCAUUCAAGAGCUUGCCAACCAAAUUUCUGGCGGGAUGUUCAACCCUCGCAGAUGGAAAACUGCGGUCCGUAUUCACCUUUACCCCAACAUCUGCUGAAGCAUCCAAUGCACCCUGAAUAUCCCAUUGUGCCGGGUCAACACGAUCAGCUGGCCUUUUUAGCCCUCGAUGCAGAGGGUCUAUUCCAUGUGGCCAGCCAAUCUAGUGGCGUCCCCUUUCGAAUACCCGGCAGAGUGGGUGAUUCGGCGGUUCCUGGAGCAGGGAUUUAUGCCGAUAACGAAGUGGGUGCUGCGGUGGCCAGUGGCGAUGGAGAUGUCCUUAUGCGCCACCUGCCCGCCUUCCUGGCCGUCGAGGCGAUGAGAGGUGGUCAGAAUCCGGAAAAGGCCGCCGAGUGGGUGGUGCAACGCCUGCUGAGGCACAACACCGAGUUCAAUGGCGGAGUGGUGGUGGUCAAUCGACGGGGCAUCUAUGCCGCCGCCUGUGCAGGACUCGAUGAGUUCCAUUUUGUGGUCAGCGGCGGCAGGGAGUAUCUCAGCAUGGCCCGGGUGGAGCGGAUCAAGUGCCAGGAGCGGGAAAUUGAAAUAGUGGAUGGCGGACCUAGAGGACUAUUUCGAACAAAUCCUGAAAAGCUGGUGGUUCCCAGGGCGAAGAAUAAGUUCAGGUAG